AGUCGGUUUAUUUAUUCAUUGUAUCAAAUACAUAGACCAUGAACUGCUUGUUUUCUAUUCAAAAUGCUCAGUUUAGCUUGAAAGUAUUCGUUUGUACUAAAUCGUAAUAACUAGCGACACGGAGAACACUUUCAUAUAAUAAGACGCUCUAUUUCUUUUUAUGUGUAUUUUCUUUAAAUUUGUUUUCCUUUUUCGGAGAUUUCACAUUAUGUAUGAAUAUUGUUUCAUCAACUAUGAAGAUGUUCUCGGCUGCUGACGUGUACUUGAAACGAUUGAAACAGAGACCACCUCCUCCGGGAUUUGCACAACUAUACAGUACCAAAGAUUUAAAUAAUAGUGCAUUUAAAAAAAACGACAGCACAACUAAUGCAAACGGUAAAAUUUGGACAAAAGAUGAACAGAUUCUUUUACAAGCUGUCAAAAUGUCUGAAAACUGCCCGCCUGCGUCGCGACCGAUGUCAGAGGCAACCAAAGGAUUUUGGGAGCUACUUAAUCGAAAUUUCUCGGUGACUAGAAACCAACAAGUUAAAAACACAUGUGAUAAUGACACAAAUACAGAUAAGGAAACUUUACAUCAUAAUUCAUCUAAUAAUUCAAUAGACAAUGGAAACAUGUGUAAAAAUACACAUGCGGAUACUGACAAUAUAUCGAUAAACAAUCGAAGCAUGUUUAAAAAAACACAGGCGGAUACUAACAAUUUUUCGAUAAACAAGGGAAGUAUGCGUAAUCAUUUGCCUGCAGAAACCGAUAAUUUAUCGAUAAACAGCAAAGCGUCGCAGACAUGUGUGUCUUCGAUCAGCAUGGACAGGGAACAGUUUGGAAACGUAAAACUGGUACUACAUGCGUACAAUGACUUUGUAGGCGGAGAACAUUGUGUUGUAAACGUUUUAGAGGAUACAGAACAAAAUAAGAAUUUAGAAUCUAAUCUUAUAUGCAUAGACAAUACACAUGAUAUCAGACUUAUAUUUCGCAACAAACCGCAUAAUGUAUUAUCAACACUGGAAUUAGCCAGUUGUCGUUUGGAUAAUUUAUCUAUGAAUGACUUAGAAGAUAAACUGUCAAAGAUGGCUUAUGAAUAAAAAAUUAAACACAAAAUGUUACUC